UGUGACAUAAAACAACCAAUCAACGCUCUUGCGGGAGUACGUUAAGCGACAGAGCGAAGAUGGCCGAAGUAGAUUUUGGUGACAGUGAACUCUUUGAACAAUUGGGAGAGAGUAUGCCUACUGCAACUCACAUUCGGUUCAUGGAGGAAGAGGAGGAUGGAGAAGAAGGCUCUGAGCUCAAGGGAAGAUUGGGGGAGUGUGAGGAAACAAUACGGAGUUUGAUAGAAGAGAACCAUGAGUUGAAGAGAAAAUUGAAAGUGUUGACAAGGCCAAGUGGCAUUAAUGUUGAAAACAUCAAGAUUGAUGGUCCUCUCCUCCACAUCCUUUUUGCAAACAAUAACAUCUCAAAGCAAUGCCGUCAAGAAAUUGAAGACAGCAUCUGUAGUAUUGUUCAGAAACAUCAGCAGCAGGGAGUAGUUGAAAAAGGAAAUCCAUACGGAAAUGUCAACCCUCAGUCUUCAAGUUUCAUUAUGGAAGAAGAUCAGAAGACCAAGACCUCCUGUGGAAUCAAAAAGAUUAAGGAGGCCUUCAGUAUGGUGGGAAGUGUCCUGUAUUUCACCAGUUUCUGUCUGGACAAACUUGGACAGCCCUUGCUAAAUGAUAACCCCCAGCAGACAGAAGGAUGGGAGGUUCCAAAAUAUCAGCAGAUCUUCAGCCAGGUCAUUGCCUUAGAUGGACAAGAAGUACAGAUGAAAGAGAAAAGAGCUAAGCCUUGUUGUUUCAACUGUGGGUUGGAUGGUCAUCAACUUCGAGACUGUCCUCAGCCAAAGGACAUGGCCAGAAUCAACAAAAAGCGGAAGGAGUUUUGUCACGGUAACCAGGGAAACCUGAGCAAUCAGCGUUACCAUGCUGAGGAAGUGGAGGAGCGAUUUGCCAAAUACAAACCUGGAUUCAUAAGUGAGAAGCUGCUGUCUGCACUGGGAGUUGAUAUGGACACACUACCACCUCACAUCUACCGCAUGAGGCAGCUAGGCUACCCACCUGGCUGGCUUAAGGAGGCAGAGAUGGAGAACUCCGGUCUCAUGCUAUAUGAUGGGAAGGUUUCAAGUGAUGAAGAACCAACGGAGGACAAUGGACAAAAAAUCUCCUAUGAUGUUUCCAAGCUUGUAGAUUUCCCAGGCUUCAAUAUAUCUUCACCCCCUAGUGUGAAGGAUGACUACAGGCUAUAUGGCUCUAUUCCAAUGCAGCAUAACCACAUGAAGCAGAAUUUUGCUGCUUAUCUGUCCAACAAUUUUCCAAUGCCUGGUGCCAACUGCAAUAAAAGACAACAUGAAUCCAACUCAACUCCCCGGCAGACAAAGAAAAGGAGAUCUGAUGCCAGGAGUUCAGAUAUGGACUUUGAUUCAGACCAGGAUACUAUACCCCGCCGCCACCGGAGCUCAGACAGCUUCCAGUUCCAGCCCCCGCUGCCCCCUGGCUCACCAUCCUUUGGUUCACCCCCUCCCUUACCUCAUGGUACUCCGCCAGCUACUCCCACUCCACCUCCUCUUCCUAAGGGAACACCUCCCCCCACGCCCACUAAUGGCUCAAGGGCCCUGCGGGGACGCACUGUGGGAGGGAUUGAGAAGUCUGCAGGCGGGGAGGAGGAAGAGCUGACACUGGAAGAGCUUGAGGAGCAGCAGAGGCUGAUCUGGGCAGCAUUGGAAAAUGCUGACACCGCCACCAACAGUGACUCUGAGACACCAGCUGUUGGAACACCCCUCCCCAGCUCGCCCAGCAUCUCCACACCCGCCCAUGUUGACGCUGAAACUGAAAUGGAGGAUGGUGAGGCUGAAGAUUGUGAGGGAAAGGAGGGAUCUAUAGAGGCUGCCAGCCACAACAGUGAUGAGCAGAUCAGUGUUGAGACAUCUUCUAGCAAAUGUCAGGAUUAUGAGGAAGAUGCUGAAGAUAAAGGCAAGGUGGUUGAAGACAAGAGCAGCUUACUGCAAUCACCAGACGAAGAAGAGAGCCCUCAGAGCCCUGAAGCUGCUACAGAUAGAGGCAAUGUGCUUGCACAGAAGGCCAGAUUGCUGCAAACGCCAGUGCAACAAGUGAGCCGUCAGUCGGAUCCCUCAGGUCAAGAUGCUAUGGAGGGAGAUCUGUCUGGCUCUUUGGGGAAUGUAAUGGCUGUGCCUCACCGGAGUAAGUUUGCACAGGGCAUUAUUCCCUUUGAGGACACGCCAGAAUUCACAGAAGUUGCUGAGGCCACCGGGACAUACCUUCGAAUCCGAGAUUUGCUGAAAGGUUCCCCCCGAAAUAUGGCGAAAAUCAAAAAGUGAGAAAAGACUGGCUUGAAUUAAAAUCCAGGGAUUAUUUUGCAUAAACACUUUUUUUUUUUGGACAAGUCUGUAGAUUUCAUACACUUUCCUUUCUAUAAGUGUGCCACAGAAAUUGGAGCAGAACAGUUUGGUGACCUCAUUCAAACAUCCUUUUUAAUAUUUUAUUUUUUGUACUAAACUGAAUGUCUUUUCUGUGUAUGAGUUAGCUGGGGUCUAAAGAUGCAAGGUUUUUCUUUCAGGAAACCCCAUUGCUAGUUUAGGUAGUGUCUGUUUUGACAUUCACAGAAUCAUUUUUGUAGCAAUGACAACAUCCAUAUUGCUCUUUUUAGGUGUAAAGAUUUUAUAAAAUGUUUUUCCUCUUUCUGUUUUUACCAUCAAUUGAUCAUUUUACAAUUACAUUGUCUCAUUGCAGUCUA